AUGGCUACCGAUACUCCCUCUCCACAUCCUACUGCAUCACAUGAAGAAGAAGAUAACAUCAACCAGCAACCGCCUACUCAGCAGGAGUUGGUUCUGUCACCGCGGUCACCAAUUGAAGACGUGGAUCAGCACCAGCAAUCUGAAAACUCAAAUUCACCUUAUUCGCCGCGGACGUCCGUCGCAAAAUCGGAAAAGCCUGUCGACCGCGAACAUCCACCACCUGAAGACGUCGAAGAUGAACAUGAACAGGAACCGGUUCCGACUUCACCUCCACCGCAAGACAAAAUGCUCGGCCGUCAUCAGCCUUCGCCACCACCGUCGCCUUCCUCCUUCUUACAACCGUCACCACCACCGCCACCUCCACCGCCACCCACAGAACCUGAAUAUCCACCGGAAAACCUUAGCCCUGGCCAUGAAUCUCCUAUUUCAAAGCAAUCACCAUCACCACCAAAGCGAGAUGAAGACCCCGUGCAAAGCCCUAAUUAUCGUGAAACCCCUUACCCAAACCCUAACCCUAACUCGGAUCAUGAAUCUCCGUCUCCGUCUUCACCAGCAACACUCCAAGGAAACCCUAGCCCUAAACCACACGAAUCGCCUAAAGACCCCUCUCCGUCGCCACCACCGACCGCCGCAUCACCAUCAUCACCACCACUCCUCCAAGCGGUUGCCAGCUCUUCACCGACUAAACAACAAAUCUUACCCUGGACCCACCAGGAAACUGCAAACCUGAUCCAAGCUUACCAAGAAAAAUGGUACUCUUUAAAAAAGGGACCCCUUAAGGCCAGCCAAUGGGAAGAAGUCGCCAUCACGGUGGCUGCACGCUGUGACUACGACGAGCCCACCAAAACCGCCAAACAGUGCCGCCACAAAAUAGAAAAGCUUCGUAAGCGUUACCGUUCAGAGAGGGGCAAACCUAGGUCCAAAGCCGCCGCUUGGAAUUUCUUCAAACUCAUGGACAACCUGGAAAAAGGACCUUUACCAAUUUCAUCAUCACUGCCCUCUAUGGAAUUAGUCGAGUACCAGAAACCAAGCAACUCUAAUGGCAAAAAGAGGAAGAACAACGAUGAUGGUGACAGUGAAUUUCUGGUUAACAAAAGAAGCAGGUCUAAUAUUUCUUCUAAUCAUCAUAUCUCCAAUGACAGAGAUGCUCGGUUUUCAGAUGGUGGACCUGAUAGGGUUAUGAGAGGGUUGAGGACUCCAGUUGCUCACAAACAUAAAGGUUUUUAUCAGGAGGAAGAAGAAGACGAUAGUAAUGAAGAAGAUGAAGGCAAUGAAGAAGGGGUAGCAGCACAAUUGGCGGCUGAAAUAAAGGGGUUUGCUGAAAAGUUUGUAAAAAUAGAGAACAAGAAGAUUGAGAUGAUAAAAGAUGUUGAGAGGUCUCAAGAAUCAAGAUUUGUAGGUUUAGAAACAACUUUCGGGUCUUAUUUGUAUCUAUUUAUUAAGGUGAGAAAGAUUCGAAGAAGUGAUAUUGUGGUAGAGGAAAUGGUAUAAAUGGAUAUAACAUUCCAACUUUAAAUAUACAGUCCAGAACUUGCAUGUUGGUAUAAUUUUAUAUCUUUACCUCUUUUACUCUUUAUUUGGGGUUUGUGUCAUGAUUCAACAAUCAAGUAUUUCUGUAUGUGUUACUUAAGUUAAAUUUUAAUGUUUGUGAAGCUAACUGAUUCUAAUAUUUGUUCAAAAUAUACCAUUAUGAUUUGCACACUUGUUACCCCUUACCAUUAUAUUUUGCUUAUCUAGUCGUUUUUCUCAUAUUAUUGUAUGUGAUGAUAACAAAUUCCAAUGUUUAUUCAAAAUAUAUUGUUAUGAUAUGUUAACAUGCGAAAUGGUUGAUGGCUAAAAUCAUGAGAUAGACCAUAAGUAGUAAUCCGUAAACUAUGUUAUAUUAUAUCAUAAUGGGUCGGUUUGAACAAACAUUAGAUUUAUUUAUUUAUUUAAUUUUAGAACGAUAAAUAUAUUUUUAAAGACUAUCUAGAACUCUACACAAAGUUUCCUCCCGCGAUAUGAGUUACUACUACGUGAUCUUUUAUCGGGAAAUGAUUUAUUAGGGUAAUUAACUGUUGCCUUUGUAUUCAAUUGGUCGCUUUCCUUUUUUUUUGUAUCUCAUUUACCAUUAAAUUUGUUGUAGGUAUUCACAAAAACCAUUGAAACCAGCUAU